AAGAGCCGAGGACUCACAUCUCAUCCUCUGCAGCAGGUUGGAAGCUUCUACGUCUGUGUCUUCUUGGAAAAAUUGUACUUCAUUUUCUCUGUCUGUCAAAAUUGCCGUCCAGGUCCAUCAUGCUUCGUCUGAUCAUCGUACACUAUUUCAUGUCCACUCUGAUGUUACUAUGCAGCACCCAGUCAGACUCUGGCACCCCUGCUAUCCAGCUACGUCUAGCCGGGGAGAAGCGGAAACACUAUGAGGGUCGUGUGGAGGUGUUUUACAAUGGAGAGUGGGGGACAGUAUGCGAUGAUGACUUCUCCAUACAAGCUGCUCAAGUGGUGUGCAGAGAGCUCGGCUUCUUGGAUGCUGAGUCUUGGUCGCCUUCAUCCAAAUAUGGAAGAGGAGAAGGCCACAUCUGGCUCGACAACGUGCAUUGCACUGGUUCAGAGAAGAGCCUGGCUCAGUGUGAGUCCAACGGAUUUGGAGUGUCUGACUGCAAGCAUUCAGAGGAUGUCGGAGUGGUGUGCACGCAGAAGCGCAUUCCUGGCUUCAAGUUCAUCCGGAACCAGGCCAACAACGAUGAGGCUAUGACGGUGCAGGUGGAGGAUGUGAGGAUCAGGGCCACGUACUCCCACAGGAAAAGGAUUCCCAUCACUGACGGCUUCUUGGAGGUGAAAGACGGGGGCAAGUGGAGACAGAUCUGUAAUGAGGGCUGGACAGCGAUGAACAGCAGGGUCAUCUGUGGCAUGCACGGCUUCCCCGGGGAGAAACGCGUGAAUACCCGACCAUACAAAAUACUGGCCAAGCGUCGUAAGAAGAACUACUGGGGUUUCUCUGUGAACUGCACAGGCAAUGAGGCCGACCUGUCUGACUGUAAGCUGGGCAAAGAGAUAGAGCUGAAGGGCAACCUCACCUGUGAAAACGGCAUGCCUGUAGUGAUCAGCUGUGUGCCUGGACGUGCCUUUGCUCCUAGUGUCAGCGCCGGCUUCAGAAAGGCCUACAGGGUGGAGCAACCCUUGGUGCGGUUAAAAGGCGGUGCUAUGAUCGGCGAGGGAAGAGUGGAGGUGUUGAAGAACGGAGUGUGGGGGACCGUGUGUGAUGACAACUGGAACAUAAAAGCAGCAACCGUGGUGUGUCGAGAGCUCGGCUUUGGGAGCGCCAAAGAGGCCUUGACCGGCGCCCGACUAGGACAAGGGAUGGGGCCGGUCCACAUGAAUGAGGUGGAGUGCUCUGGCUUUGAGAAGUCGCUGACAGAGUGUUAUUUCAACCGUGACGCACUGGGCUGCAGCCACGAGGAAGAUGCAGCAGUCAGGUGUAAUGUUCCUGCCAUGGGCUUUAACAGUGGACUGCGGUUAAAUGGUGGCCGUAAUCCCUACGAGGGACGUGUGGAGGUCCUGGCAGAGAGGAACGGCUCUCUGGUGUGGGGCACGGUGUGCAGUAACAGCUGGGGGACCAUGGAGGCCAUGGUGGUGUGCAGACAGCUAGGCCUUGGCUUUGCCAGUCAUGCUUUCCAGGAAACCUGGUACUGGGCAGGAGAUCCCUCAGCUGAUGCCAUCAUAAUGAGCGGAGUGAGAUGUUCAGGGACUGAGCUGACUCUGAAUCAGUGUCUACAUCAUGGGAAACACAUCGACUGUCCUAAAGGAGGUGGACGCUUUGCUGCUGGAGUGUCUUGUACUCAAACGGCUCCAGACCUGGUCCUAAAUGCCCAGGUUGUAGAGCAGACCACCUACCUGGAGGACAGGCCCAUGUACGCACUGCAGUGUGCGGCAGAAGAGAACUGUCUGUCCACCAGCGCCAACAAAGCUGACUCCAGCUCUUACCGCCGCCUCCUCCGCUUCUCCUCCCAGAUCCACAACAACGGACAGUCGGACUUCAGGCCGCGGGCCGCACACCACUCCUGGAUCUGGCACGAAUGUCACAGACAUUACCACAGCAUGGAGGUUUUCACCCACUAUGACCUGCUGAGUCUAAACGGCACCAAAGUGGCUGAGGGACACAAAGCCAGCUUCUGUCUGGAGGACACGCAUUGUGAUGAAGGUAUCCAGAAGAGGUAUGAAUGUGCAAACUUUGGAUCACAGGGCAUCACAGUGGGCUGCUGGGAUACCUACAGGCACGACAUCGACUGUCAGUGGAUUGACAUCACAGACCUGAAGCCAGGAGACUAUAUUUUCCAGGUGGUGAUAAACCCAAACUUUGAAGUUGCAGAGUCAGAUUACACAAACAACAUCAUGAAGUGUCGCUCCCGGUACGAUGGACAUCGGAUAUGGACAUACAACUGUCAUAUAGGUGGCUCACUGAGUUCGGACACAGACGACAUGUUCCCUGGGUUGCUGACCAAUCAGCUGUCACACAGGUAGACUGAAGAUGAAGUGCGCAGAUGGAUGGAUGGAUAAAGGGGAGUAAAUAUGAAUAUUUGACAACCACUAGAGAAGUGUUGGACUUUUGUUGGGCUCAGGGCUCAACUGUUACAACAGACAAUUAAUUAAUGGGAGAAAGGACUGCUUGCUUACUCAAUCUAAUACCCACAUUCAGUGGUACAAAGUACUCUUAAUGCGUUAGUGCUUUUGUUGUCAGUGAAAUGAAGGUUUUGAUCUGGUGAUUAACAGGAGAGACUGAGAGACAACAUAACUUACCCGAUACAUGAUGCCAACUGUUGCCUUCCGAGCCAGAAUUUUUGUUUGGAGGGAAAAAUUAAGACUGAAUUUUCUUUUGAUUGAUGCAAAUAGUCUUCUCCUGAACCUGGUGCUACAGCUGAAUUUUGCACUGUUUUUUCCUGACGUCUCCACAAUAGUAGAUAAGUAAAAGCUUCAACUAGAAAUCAAAUCAAAGAGAUAUUCUACAUUGCACAAGUGAUGGUUCAAUAAAAACUCCUGUUUUUAUAAAUACUGUAUUUAACUUUGUACAAAUGAUGACACCUUGUAGCCAAAAGUGUCAUAUGGGCUUCCAAAAGCCAGUUUAUUUUUACAAAAUUGUGACAGAAGGCAUCCAGUAGUGACUGCAUUAGAUUUUUUGUAAGGAGUCAAUUAAAUUGGAUUUCAUUAGAUUUAUUUAAGUAUUUUCCAGCAUUUUGCGUGCCACAUACUUGACCUCCACGUUUUCAAAAUCUUUUAUUUAUUAUUUUUUUCUUUCUUGGUUUCUCUAGUAGACAAGUUUUUAUAUUCAUGCAUUGUACAUCCCAUCAGCUUCUCUCUUAAUGUCUAUGUUUUGUUACACCAUUAUCAUCAGGGACUAAGAUAAUUUUGUGGAUGAUCUGUUAAGUGCCACAGAUGUAUGUGAAAAUGCCUCCUCGUUGUUUUGUAAAUUAGUUUUUUUUAAUGUAGCAAAUUCAAGAAUCCUUAAUUUUAAAAGGGUACUUGUUGCUUGCUGCCUGACUGUUUUUAUUUUGUAUGCAUGGGUGAAUGUAAAAGUAUUACAUUUUUGGAAAUAAAAAAUGGUCAAAGCAGAAUUUUUUGUGUUGAGCCUUGUCCACAUUGCUUCCUUAAUAAAUCUUCCUGUAAACUCAAGUUUUCCCCUUGUAAAUCGUACAACAUUUAGGGUUUUAAAUACAAAGAAACAGGUAUUGUGCUCUACAUUUGAUAGUGGUGAGUCUGUAUUUCGGCCACAGUACUGACACAAAUCAAGGCACAACUUUUCCUCACAGGUGUGGAUACUGUCAAAGCACAAUUUUUUCCACUAUGUAAAACAAGCUAACAAGCUCUGUUGAGUGGAGAAAAGUGAAAGAAAAUAUUGUUUUCAGCACCUCAUGGUGCCUUGUUCCUCCCCCAUCAUAAUGCCAGCAACUAAAGGAAACAGAACGGGGCAAAACAGCACAUCUGUCACACUGCUGCAUUGUUCAUGAGUUUUCAGGACACCACAAUGGGAACUGAUGUAAUUAAGAUGAUUUUGACGCUGAUGGGGGGGCAGACUGUGGACAGGCCAGGGGCACAUAUGUAUUAUAUGUGACCUUUAAUGCAUCUAUUUAUAGAACUUAGAGGAAGGCCAAAGG